UCUCCAUGUAAUAUGCACUCAAAACAAAAAUUAAAAUAAAAUACAAACAAGAUACAGGUUUUAGCUGACAGAAAUAUUUUUAUUGUUACAUUUUAACUGCCUUGCUUUUCUGCUGUUUGUCCUCCUGCAUCUCCCCAACCAGUUUCUCCCACUGAGAAAUCAGCAGCUCUAAUUUAUUUUCACAAUGCCUCACAUCCACACACCCACACACACACACACACACCUUUUGUAGUUCUCCCUUGAUAAGCUCGCCUUAAUCCCCACAGCAAAAAAUAGUGGGGAACCCCUUGUCUUGCCAGCCUGCCAGCAGUUAAUCAGACAGCGUGCUCAGUUUAAUAAUAGCCAGCCAUCUUCGUUUAGGGCCUUGUUCUCAGACUGUCCAAGUCCCACUAAUUGGCCCAGUUCCAGGUUCUAGAGACUGAUACCUCCAUGAUGAUGGUGAUUUCAUUAGAGCACACACAGGUAGGCUGCUCACACAUUUGAAGCCUUAGAUAGGCUGCCAUUAUGGCUCUGAGCCCAAACACUGUUAUUUAGGUACUUCCUCCACUGUGGCAACAACAAGAAGGAUAGAACAGUGGUAAUGCUUAAUGCAGGUUUGGCUCACUGGGAGGUUAUUUGAGUCAAGUAAGGCUGCUAUCAUUUCUCAUGAUAGCUCAAAUUGUAAACAGGGAUGACACAUUAUUGGAUUGGAACAGCAGGCUGCUGGUGUGAGUCCAGUGUAUGGCUUGGAGCAACUAUAUUCACUGACUAUUGGGGUGCUUUUUUUUUAGCAAGGUGGUUAAGCUUGCACAUAGCUACAGAGCUACAUAGCAGCCAGCGGUUGGACUUUUGUAAUUAACUUAGCAAACUGUCAUGGUGUGUCUAGACUAGUUUCAUGGAGGUGACUUGGUGAAAACCAGCAAAAACCCAUGAGGUGUCUCCUAAGUUUUGUUUUCCCAUUUUCUCCCAUGAAUCACUUCAUUUCUGUCCCUUGUUUUUUUUCCUCAGUUCUGAUCAUUUCACCACCGUCCCGAUCAAAUCAGGUCCUGAUGCGUCCAACCUGGCGUUUGACCUGACAGCAGUCUCGCUCUCGCCCGUGUCCUCUCCCUCGGAUGGGGAGGAGAGCCCGAUAUAAAAUGAUCAGCGUUAGGAUUUGCGGGUUAAGGACGCUUAGAGCAGGGGUUUUAAUGUCAUGACGUCACAUUAAUUAGCGGCCACUUUGAUCCUUUCAGCCUCUAAGCCGUACUCUGCUCUAUUCUGUCUGUCCGUGGACACGGGACGUAUUCGUGACUCCCUCGGGGACCGUGGAGGAGAAUGCGAAUCCUCACAGACGGAUGCUACUGAUCCCUCUCACCCUGUAGGCCGCUCAGCUCAGCUCAGCUUCCCUGUCCUCUCCGUUUUGACGUUUCCCCGCGGGUGAUGCUUUUGUGAAAAGACAGGACGGCAAUACAAAGCUUCAAAAGUUCAAAAUGGCAGACAAGGAUAGCGUGGAGAAGUACCUGGAGAACAACCCGCAGUUCGCCAAAGAAUACUUCGAUAAGAAGCUGCGAGCUGAGGCCCUGUCCGCCGCCUUUUCUGCACCUGUCGAUGUUAAAGACACCGCGUCUUUCAAGGAUGUUAACUCUGUGCAAGAGGCCGCCAUCAUUUUCGAGCUGGUCCAGGAGCUGCAGAAACAGGGGGAAAUGGAGAAGUCAAUUCACAAGGUGAUGCAGAGAGUCGCCCUAAUCCUACAGGCCGACAGGGUCGGUUUUUACCUGACCCGGUCCAGAAACGGAAUACCUGAGCUCGCCACUUGCCUCUUUGACGUGACUCCAACAUCCAAAUACGAGGCAAACGUGGUCCAUCCUCAGGGUGAAAUUGUGUUCCCUCUCGAUAUGGGUAUCGUCGGCCACACCGCGCAGAGCAAAAAGCCUCAAAACGUUCCUGAUGUUUCACAGAAUAAAAAGUUCUGUGACUUUGUGGACAAACAGACUGGAUACAAGACCAAAUGCAUGCUCACCUUCCCUCUGAUGGCUGAGAAAGAAUGCCUUGGGGUCAUCAUGGUGCUUAACAAAAUAGGAGCUGAUUCAUUCUCUGCAGAGGAUGAGGCUCUCUUCCACAAGUACAUGAACUUUGCUCAAGUCAUCGCCCUGCAGCAUUACACAUCCUACAUGUUCAAUGUGGAGUCCAGGAGGAGUCAGGUGCUGCUCUGGUCAGCCAGUAAAGUGUUUGAGGAGUUGACAGACAUUGAGAGACAGUUCCACAAAGCGCUUUACACUGUGAGGACCUAUCUACAAUGCGAACGAUACUCAGUGGGCCUGUUGGACAUGACCAAAGAAAAGGAAUUCUAUGAUGAAUGGCCGGUGAAACUGGGAGACGUGGAACCCUAUAAAGGACCAAAAACGCCAGACGGCAGGGAAGUCAACUUUUACAAGAUCAUCGACUACCUCCUGGAGGGCAAAGAAGAAAUCAAAGUCAUACCUGGUCCACCUGCAGAUCACUGGGCUUUAGUCAGCGGACUACCCACCUAUGUCGCAGAGAAUGGCUUUAUUUGCAAUAUGAUGAACGUGGCUGCAGACGACUUCUUCACUUUCCAGAAAGAGGCUGUGGAUGAGACGGGUUUUGUCAUCAAGAACGUAUUGUCACUGCCCAUUGUCAACAAGAAGGAAGAAAUUGUUGGCAUCGCCACUUUCUUCAACAGGAAAGAUGGCAAACCAUUUGACGAACAUGAUGAACAGAUCACUGAGGCCCUGACACAGUUCCUGGGCUGGUCAGUGCUGAACUGCGACACCUACGACAAGCUGAACCGCAUGGAGUACAGGAAAGACAUCGCCCAGGAGAUGCUCAUGUAUCAAACCAAAUGCACCAAAGACGAGAUGCAGUCUAUUCUGAACACCAAAGAGAAGUUUGAUGCAGAGCCUGAAGACUGCGACCAGAAAGAGAUGUACAAACUUUUGAAAGGGAACUGCCCACCAGCUGACAACGUCAGUGGAGAGAAUCUGUACCUGUUUUCCUUCAGCGACUUCCCCGUUUCAGAGUUCGACCUCAUCAAAGCCGGCAUUCGCAUGUUCUUUGAGCUCGGAGUCGUUGAAAAGUUUAAAGUUCCCGCGGAGACACUGACCAGGUGGAUGUACACAGUGAGGAAGGGUUACCGUGACAUCACAUACCACAACUGGAGGCAUGGCUUCAACGUAGGCCACACCAUGUUCUGCCUGCUCCAGACAGGGAAGCUGAGGAAGUACUACUCUGAUCUAGAUGCCUUCGCCAUGGUGGCUGCUGCUUUCUGCCAUGAUAUCGACCACAGAGGAACCAACAACCUCUACCAGACGAAGCAAGUCGAAUCAGUUCAUUCCGUGUGUUGUUCAAAAGUGCAGGCGUGUGUGAGCGCGUCUCCUCUGGCCAAACUCCACGGCUCUUCCAUCAUGGAGAGGCAUCACUUGGAGUACAGCAAGACACUCAUGGCAGAGGAGAGCCUGAACAUCUUUUGCAACCUCCAGAAGCGUCAGUUCGAGAACGUGCAGCACUUGUUUGAUGUCUGCAUCAUCGCCACUGAUCUGGCCCUUUAUUUCAAGAAGAGAACCAUGUUCCAAAACAUUGUGAACGCCACAGAGCCAAUGACAGAUGAAAAAGAGGCCACUGCCUACGUCGCCAACAACCCAAUCAGGAAGGAAAUUGUCAUGGCCAUGAUGAUGACAGGCUGCGACUUGUCAGCUAUCACCAAACCCUGGGAGGUGCAGAGCAAGGUGGCUCUGAUGGUCGCUGCUGAAUUCUGGGAGCAGGGAGAUUUGGAGAGAACUGUUUUGGACCAACAGCCAAUUCCCAUGAUGGACAGGAACUGUGCCGAACAGCUGCCCAAGAUGCAGUGCGGUUUCAUUGACUUUGUGUGCUCAUUUGUAUACAAGGAGUUCGCCAGGUUCCACAAAGAAAUCCAGCCCAUGUUUGACGGCCUGAACAACAACAGGGCACACUGGAACGAGCUGGCUGAGGUAUACAAUGCAAAGAUGAAGGCCAUCGAGGAUGAGAAGAAGAAAAUUGAAGAAGAGGAGGCCAAGAAAGCCGGCGGUGGCGAUGGAGGGAAGUCAAAGACCUGCGCCAUCUGCUAAAUCCCCCCAUCGCUUGGAUCUGGACUGAUGCAUUCUGGUUAGGACUAUUCAAGGCUACGUUAGCCUAUAAUUCUGGUCUGACGAAUCAUCUACAUCAAUGUAGUUCUUCCUGGUUAGGUGCUGUCCACUAUGGUGCAGUCCAGUCCAACUUUUUUUUGUUUUGUUUGUUUUUUUGGUCUGGUCUGGCCUGGCCUGGUUCACUCUAGCCUAGUUGUAGUCAGGUCUGGUUUUACAGUCUAGUCUGGAUUAGACAGGUUUGACCAUUCUCCAAGGAGAGUCGGAAACAUCACCAAGAAGUAAUGUUGGGACUCUGACUGCAAGAGAAGCCGUUGGACUUUGAAGAUGUGAUGUAUUCGAAAUUUCUUCCUUCUUCUGCUUCGAACAGAUGGACAACAUAUAUUUCACUUUAGUAUAGCAAGAGUUGAAACAUUCCUGACAGACAUGGUGGUUUGAAACCAUGGCUUGAGAAGCUCAUAAGCUGUAAUAAAAUGUUCAAAAGUCAAGCUUUAGUACACAUUUUAGCACAAAUCACUCAAAUAGGGUACCAUAUGUACUGUGUGUGCGGUGUAAACAUGCCAAAACGAUAGUUUUCACACAGGGUUCCUACUGGCAGUCGGUCACCACACAGUAUAUUGGUGCUAUAGGUUGCACAAAGCACUUAGCUGCUGCUGUUCUGGCAGUGGCAGGCCAUGCACAGAGGGUGGGAGGGCAAGUAGUGACAAUCACCAUAGAACUUUAUACUUACAGGGAUUAGUGGAAGGGGUUUGAAUUAUAUUUUUGCAGUUUAAGUAGCAUAGGUAACAUUUAAUAAGAUGUGAAAUGAAUUUUAUGAACACAAAAAAGAGGGGAACUGCAAUCUAAAAGGUUCUGUUAAUGCUGUAAUGCUCAUACUACAGCAAAGGGUUACACUUCAUCGACAAGGGCUGAUGUUUUCUUACCUCAAAGGCGCCGAUGAGUUACGAGGGUAUAUUAAUUUUAAUAUGCAAUCUAUCUAUAUACAUAUAUUUUUUUUUGAUUUCUUUGUCUGAGAGUUUUGUACUUGAACCAUCUUCAUGGAUGGAGAGUUAGGGACGAGCUUUGAGAGGUGGCGUUCUGAAUCUGCAAGUAAAUGCACGCUAAAACCACGUCCAGGCAUCGAGACGACGUUUUGAAUUUGUGCAACUUUAUUGUCAGCUUAUUGACACCUAUGAGCUGUUUUAGUUCUGUCCAGCUACCUGAAAAAAAACACCCAACUGACAUGAUAAUAUACAUAAUAUUUACUCCGAUGUUUAGAGAAAACUUGCGAUUCCAUAUCGAGUCACAAAAAGAUUUCUUUGAAAGGUGCAAGAUUUCACAUGUAUAUAGUUUAUGACAUAGUGAUUGUAAAAUGUAAAUUGUGUAAACCUAAUAAUAACUGAAGCUUAAAAUUGAUUUGAGGGAUGUAAAAGCAAACCUUUGCUUCUUCUUAAGAGGCAAGAGUUGCAGUCAAACAGGGUACAGUAGAUCUACCUCUCCUGUAAGAAGAUUUGAUAGGAUUUGAUUUGAUUGCCAGCCAGAGUUUGAGAUCCACACAGCUUUAGACCUUAAAUAUCCUUCUUACAGAGGAGGUAAAGAAGGCUGCCAAAGCCUUAUCAUAUGAAUGUGCAGACAACCUAUGUUUGUAAACAUGCAGCUUAUAGCGUCAUUGAUUGUCUGACUGUUCAGCCCAAAGUCCUAUGCUGUUUCUCUCUCCACCGAUGCAACAGUGAAUCACGCUGAAACUGUUGUUUGAUGUCAGCUCAGUGUGUGGAACCCCCCCCCCACAACACCCUCUCCAUGUUAAACCUGAAUUGAACUUGAUCUGGUCAGGCAUGUAAAUCUACAGCCCCCACCCCACCCCACUUUCUGCAACACUUUUAGCAACGUCCCUCCCUGGGGCAAAGGCAACUUCCUGUUACACAAUGUCUUCUCCUCUAAUCAAUGGGGGCAUCAAUCAAAGACACUUAAUCCUCUCAGAAUGGCUUUGGGACUACCUGGAAACUCCUUGUCUGUUGCUGCUUGAGGUGAAGCGAGGAGCUGUUCAGAUCACUGGAGCUAAAACUGGACAAAAACAUCAACCAAAUCAACCCAUGCACAGGUUUUAUAUAGAUGGCUCCACAGCCAGUUUGGCUUCAGUGAUGAAAAUGGCCCCUUGCUUUGCCUUCAGGGAGCCUUUGUGAGAUAUCAAAUAAUGCACUGUAUACUUUCUGCUUAACCCAUCAACUGUCAUUCAAACUUUAGGAAUUUAUCAUUUAAUGUAUGAAAUGACCUCUACUGUAUGUAUGUGUCAUGAAAUGUAAUAUGUGUAAGCAAAUAAAGGAAUUUA